AUGUCUUCCAAGAAACUCAUUGUUAUUCUCGGCGCCACCGGUAACCAGGGCGGCUCCGUUGCGGAAACGUUCCUGCAGGAACCCGGCUGGCAGGUGCGCGCGGUUACCAGAAAUCCUUCGAGCUCCAAGGCCCAAGCAUUGGCUACUCGCGGUGCAGAAGUGGUUAAAGCUGAUCUAGAUGAUCCUUCCUCAUUUAUCCCGGCCUUUAAGGGCGCCCAUGUUAUCUUCGCCGUUAGCGAUUUCUGGGGUUUGUUUGGCGAUCCCGCCAGUCAAGGCAAGGCGGCAGCAGCAGAUCAGCCUCUCAAUGUCUGGGCUGCUAACCAUGAAACCGAGCAAUUGAAGGGUGUCAUUGACGCUGCAGCAAAAGUCCACACCUUGGAACGUUUUGUGCUAUCCUCGCUCUCCAAUGCAGCCAAGUGGUCCAGCGGGAAAUACCCGCAUGUCUAUCACUUUGAUUCCAAGGCCAAGGCUGAGGCCUACGGCGGCGAGAACCAUCCUGAGUUGUGGGCCAAAACGAGCAUCUUCCAGGCUGGGUACUUCUUGAGCAACUUUGUUUCCAAUCCUAUUACUCUUCCCAGAAGGUUUAUUGGAGGCCUUGACCCGGACGUGGAGCUACCUUUUAUCGCCGCGGAGGAAGACACUGGACCCAUUGUCAAAGCCAUAGUGCUUGAUUCGGGUCCAAAGAAGGUUAUCGGUUAUAGAGCCAGGAUUUCACUGCGCGGCCUUAUUGAAACCUUCUCCCGAGUAACAGGUAUCAAAGCUGAACCCGUCGUGUUACCCAAGGGAGAGUCCGUUGUUCCAUUUCCCCCGGAGCUACAGCGGGAACUUGAUGACAACUGGGGGUAUUGGACGGAGUUUGGAUAUUACGGCGGGGAUCCAACCGUCGUACAUCCCCAGGAUUUGGAACAUGCACCCAAGCUCAAUAGCGUGGCGGACUACUUCAAAAAGCAGGACUGGUCCAAAGUCUUUGGCUCAUAA